AGAGGGAGACAGGGGCCUCUGUCAGCAAAAGGGAGUGUGUUUGUGUGUGUGUAUGUGUGUGUGUGCGAGAGAGAGAGAGAACGCAGGAGAGAACCAGAGUGGGACGGCCAGUGCUGUGCAGAGAACGGGGAACUUAACUCGUGUGUGUGUGUGUGAGUGAGUGAGUGAGUGAGCGAGCGAGUGUGUGUGUAGGAAAGUUAACCGCUCAGGAUAUUCUCGGCCGCCCGAGCCCCAGUGACCUGCCUGCCCGGUUACAGAGAAGGUGCCCCUGAACAGGAGCAGCAGCAGCAGCAGCAGGAGGAGGAGGAGGAGGAGGAUGAGGCAGGGCUGCAGACGCUGGUCAGUCUCGUAGCGUGAAGUUGCAAGGGGUGGUGGUUUGGGAUUAAAAGCCUGACAACAGAGGCACGGCGCUCGAGACCAGCUGGCUGGAAAGCACUGCAGCACACAAGGAGAACAUAUGUCCUCUACAGCCUCACAGCAGCAGGCCAGGUCAGCUGAGGAGGAGGAGGAGGAGGAGGACGAGGACGAGGAGGAGGAACAAGGCGAGAAGUUUGAGUUUGAGGAUAGCGAUGAAGAAGACCAGGGGAGCUCUGUAGUAUUGGCUCCAGGGAGUAACGCACCUCCUAGCACAAUGAAAGGAGACGCAGGCACUCUCAAGGACAACGUAGCUGGUGCAGCAGUGGUGGAACCUCACCAGCCAGAGGCCGAGACUGACAAAUGUUCAGCAGUGAAGUCAAUCCAGGAAAUAACCGCAGCAGCCUCUAUGGCCCAGGAGAGCACCAGUUCUCAGGGUGAAACCUGCACCCCUCAAACAGAUGUGAUUGCUGUAGAGAGACAAACACGAGACCCGUCUCACACGGGCCCCAGUGCUGCAGGGCUCUCGGUGGGAGAGGAGCUCCACGUUACCACUGGUGAAGAGGCUGGAUCCUCACAGACGCUGCCUGGAGUGGGGGGCCUCGUCCGGGACACCACUGCGCAGGGGAGGCACACAGAGCAAGAGGCAGCUGAAGGUGAGGCUGGUUUGGAGGGAGAUGAGGUCAUCUAUGACGACGUGCCCUGUGAACAGACUCUCUCCGAGGAGGAAGGUGAUAUGAUUUAUGAGGACGUCCAAAGGGAGGGGAGCCUGCAGGGACCAAACGGCUGGAGCUCCAGUGAGUUUGAGAGCUACGACGAGCAGUCGGACCCCGAGAGCAGGGCACCCGCCCGCAGCAAGCUUACCCCUGACGUGCGUCGGCUGCGGGAGCGCUGCGCCAGGACCAGGAGGGAGCUAGCCUCCAGGCUGGGGGGGAAACACAACUAUGACACGAAGGUGCAGCAGCUGAUGAGAGCAGCACGGAGCGGGACCAAAGAUGGUCUGGAGAAGACCAAAAUAGCCGUCAUGAGGAGAGUCUCCUUCCUGCACCGGAAGGACCGCUCGGAGGAUGCUGAAGAUGAUGCGGGAUACUUGGAUGUAACCGUGUCAGAGGCGAAGCAUCCUCCUCCACAACUGGGGCCCAUGCCAGAUGGACUUACCAGCCACCAGAUCGUCCGCCGCCACAUCCUCGGCUCAAUCGUCCAGAGCGAGAGAAGCUACCUGGAGUCCCUGAAGAGAAUCCUUCAGGAGUACCAACGCCCCCUGCUGGAGGCCGAGCCCCGCAUCCUGAGCCCACGCAAGAUCCGGCCCAUCUUCUACCGGCUGCGCGAGAUCACCCAGUGCCACUCCAUGUUCCAGAUCGCCCUGGCUUCCCGCGUGGCGGAGUGGGAUACCUGCGAGAUGAUUGGUGACCUCUUCGUUGCCUCCUUCUCCAAGUCCAUGGUGCUGGACGUGUACAGCGACUAUGUGAACAACUUCACCAAUGCCAUGGCUCUCAUCAAGAAGGCCUGCAUGUCCAAACCUGCCUUUCUGGAGUUCCUUAAGAGGAAACAGGCCUCCAGCACCGACCGCAUCACCCUGUAUGGCCUGAUGGUGAAGCCCAUUCAGCGCUUCCCUCAGUUCAUCCUCCUGCUGCAGGACAUGCUGAAGAAUACCCCAAAGGGUCAUGUGGACCGGCUGCCUCUGCAGUUGGCUCUGACGGAGCUGGAGACGCUAGCGGAGAAGCUGAAUGAGCAGAAGCGUGUGGCCGACCAGAUCACUGAGACCCAGCAGCUAGCACGCAGCAUCAGCGAUCGCUCCCUCAGCAAGGGGCUGAAUGCAGAGCAGAGCUUGCUGAUCCUGUGUGAGACGUUGGUGGAGACUGUGUAUGGGGAGAGGGGACAGGUCCUCAAGUCCAGAGAACGCAAGGUCUUCCUCUUCAGCGACAAGCUCAUAUGUGCCAACAUCAAUGUCAAGGGGCCCCCUGACAUCAGCAGUCUGGUGCCCGUUGGUCCCAAGUACACCAUGAAGUGGAGCGCCCCCCUGCUGCAGGUGCAGGUGGUGGAGGUGGGGCAGGAGUGCUCCCAGGACACCCUCUUCCAGCCCAGCGGGGCCAAGCGUGCGGGAAGCGUCAGCACCACAGGGAAGGUUGUACUGGGACCUCCAAAGCUGUACCAGGAGCUUCAGGAGCUGCAACAUGACCUGGCUGUGGUGGAAGAGGUCACACUGCUGGUGGGCACGCUGCAGGGAACAUAUCAGAACUUGAACACGACCGUAGCUCAGGACUGGUGCCUGGCACUUCAGAGGCUCAUCCGCAUCAAAGAGGACCAGAUCCAGAGUGCCAACAAAUGCCGCCUCCGUCUGCAGGUGCCUGGCCGGCCUGACAAGUCAGGUCGGCCCGUCAGCUUCAUGGUGGUGCUCAACACUCCCAGCCCUCUCAGCAAGAUCUCCUGGGUGAACCGGCUCCAUUUGGCUAAGAUAGCACAAAGGGAGGAAAACACUCUUGGCUGGCACUGCGAAGAGGAUGACGAAAGAAGCCGGGCUCCCUUCUGGUGCCCGCUCCUGGCCUGCCGCGUUCCCGUCUUCCCCGUCAAAGCUCCGGAGCGCAGGCUGGAAGGUGCUCUUCACAAUCCAGUGCAGUGCGCUCUGCUGGGUUUCUCUGCAGCCAGUACCUCCCUUCCCCAGGGCUACCUUUGGGUUGCCAGUGGUGGUGACUCAAGUCAGGGCCAGGUGGACGUCUUCUCCCUGAUCCGGCCCACGCCACGUGCUGUGAAGAGCUUUCAGGUGGGCGCACCGGUCCUGUGUCUGGAGUACGUGCCCGAGCCAGCCCCGUUGGAGGAGGGGGACACCGGGGACCAGAGGAGCCCAGUGGGCAUGGGCAACACCAUCUGUGCCGGGCUGGAUGACGGCAGCAUCUUGGUAUACGGAAGCGUGGACACGGCUGCCCAGUGUCUCCUGACCUUCCGGAACCCUGUGGGCUGCCCUGUUCUCUGCCUCAAGCACUCGGCCAACUUCCUGUUCGCUGGACUGAGGGACGGCACCGUGCUGGUGUACCAGCGCCUUAAUGGAGGUGAUUUAUGGGAUCCUACGUCUUGCAGGAAAGUGACCGUAGGACCAGACCCUGUGAGAACUCUGCUGGCUCUGGAGGACUGUGUUUGGGCCAGCUGUGGCAACUCUGUAUCUGUGAUCGAUUACUCUACCCUGACUACUAAGAGAGUGGAGGUUCACCAGGACCCGAUGGUCAGCGUAGCCCACAUGGUGCGAGCGGGAGGCGGUGUGUGGAUGGCCUUCUCCGAGGGGUCCUCCAUCCGCCUGUUUCACACAGAGACCCUGGAGCACCUGCAGGAGAUCAACAUCUCGACUCGCUCAGGCUUCCACCACCCAAGUCAGAGGAGUAUGCGUGUCACCAGUCUUCUCGUAUGCCAGGGACUGCUGUGGGUUGGCACGGCCUCUGGCAUCAUCAUUACACUACCAGUGCCCAAACUGGAGGGCAUCCCUAAAAUAACAGGUAAGGGAAUGACGUCUCUGAAUGCCCACUGUGGGCCAGUGGACUUCCUGGUGGCCACGUCCAGCACUUUGUCCCCAGACCUGCUGAAGAGGGACUCGGUGUGUGACGGUCCAGACUCGGCCUUCGGCGGGGAGGACCGCAGCGACUCCUCCUCCCAGGAGUCCUUGCAGCAGCUGGGCGGUCAGCCGUCGCCGUCGCCACAUGCCGACCCGAGCAAGUCCAAGGGCCGGGGUGUGCUGCUGCAGUACCGUGUGCGCUCCACGUCCGGCUUGCCGGGCCGACCGCUGACAGCGCGUACCGACGAGGCAUCUGACUCGUCGCUGGAGUCGCUAGAGCACAGCCUGGAAGACGGCUCUAUCUACGAGCUCAGCGACGACCCGGACAUGUGGGUGAGGGGCCGCCCCUGCGAGAGGGAUGGCGCCCGCAGGGACAGAGUGACUUCGGUGGCCGUCAUCUCAGGUGGCAGGGGCCUGAGGCGGCUGCGGGAGGGAGAGGCUGUGGCGCGUGGAGAGGAGUCGCCCGACAGUAGCCUGAUGAUCUGGCAGCUGCCUCUAACUGUCUGAGUAGUGGCGACAUCCUUGUACAUGACUUAGCGUGCCGUAUAAGUCUGCUGCUGGUCUCGGCAUGGGCUUAGACAUUCUAAUGCUUGACAUGACUAAGAAAGGUACAGAAAUGUGAGGUGGAGAAUGUGUCAUGAGUCAUCAUCAAUUUUUCCUUUGCUUUGUUUUGGUCCUUGCUCACGCACAGCAUUGGGACCUUACUGUGUGUUGAAACCUGCGGCUUUUCUCUGAGGAGCCAGACAGCAUGGUCUGGAGGUUUCUACCUGCCUCACUUCAGGAAGAUGAGUGGCAUUUUGUGUAAUUUGUACCCUUUUUUUCCCAUCCUGCGCAGAUGUACUUUCAGACAGUCCGAGGCUUCUUUUUUCAGGUCCUGUCCGAGAGCACAACCACUGAGUCCAUUCCUCAGUCUCGUACUUCCCUGACCUCUUCACAGGCUCAAAUCCAGCUCUGUCCACUGCUCAAACACAACACUCUCCAGCGGGCUUAGCCAAAUAAUGCCACUGAUUCCUCAAUAAGUACUUUUGUUCGGACAUCAUCUCACUGCAGUGUCGCUAAAGGAUAUGUUGCACAGUACAUUUCUAGCAAAACAGAUGGGAUAGGGGGGAUUUUGAGAGAGGUCUCUGUUAAGUUACUGAAUAAUUGCUCACUUCACACUACCUGUAAUGUGAACACAAAUAUUAUUUUCUGUCUUGGUUACAGCACUGUUUAUGUAAAAGAGCAGUGUCAUAUAUUUUUUUCUUUCAAAAAAUGAAACAAACUACCCAAGACCCCUUUAAAAAUGGUUAUUUAAACAUACUGAGCCUGUGUGCACACUCUCACCCACCUCUCUGUGUACCUGGCAACGCAGUGUUUUAGUGCGGCCAGUUUGCAUCAAUGAAUGUUCAAACAGCUCUGAGCAUUGCAUUGAUGUACGGGGAGGGGGGAGCCCAGCUGAAUUAAGUACAGACACUUCCUCAUGCGCAUGCCAUUAGUGCCUAUGUGGUGAGGAGAGAAGAGAGCCAUUAGUGCAGUAGGAAGCACAGAUGAGACAGCAGUUUUGAUCAUCCCCACGAGUCUGACAAGGACUCAUUUAACAUCAGAGUGGUGUUUCUCUGUCAGCGUAGCUCUCAUUUCGCUCCCCAUCUCUCUCUCUCUCUCUCUCUCUUUUUUUUCUCUUUCUCUUUUCUUCUCUUUCUCCCUGUCGCUCUCUCCCAAUCAGUCUGGGUCAUCCCUCUCUCUGGAGCCUCCAUUGAGAUGGGACCAAUGGGUGAUAGUGUCAGGGAUUUUGUUUAAGUUUAUGAAAUAUAUGAAGAAAUGAAUGAAGCUAUAUUUGUAUAGAGUGCAUUCAUGAUGAUAAUGAUGAGGAAGGGGUAUUUUGUCUGACUGAAAACACUUGAAAGAAAACAUUUCUCAUUCUAUUCUUUCGAAGACUCGAUAUUAAAUUAUAAGACACUUUUUCCCUCAAGAUUUCAUAGUGCGUUAUGAAUGCACUUUCAAAUUAUCUUGGAUCCAAAAGAGAUGAGAGGUUUCAAGGAAAGAAUAUGAAAAUUGCCAGUGGCCUGAAAUGACUCAUUUUGUGGCGAGGACAGACAUCUUAAUACACAACUAGAUAAGAGAAGUCAGAGGCUCAAAUAAAGGGAUCUUGCUUUUCUGUCAAGCAAAAUUGCAUUACUUCUGACUGGAAGUUUUACUAGACUGUAGUUGGGCAGAAUUGGAUUUGAAUCACUUGUAAUUAUGGGUAUCCAUGUUAUAGGGAGUGACCAAUGGUGUCCUGAAAGUUUUUAAUCGCUGUUGUUCUACGGCGCAGGUGAGGUCAUGCGCGAGGUUAACAACUUUUUCAUAUUAUAAUCUGUUUUGUUUUAGUAGCCGUACUAAAUGUACUCCCUCAUAACUUCAUGGACAUGAUGGCUCAUCUCUCGGAGCAUUUUUGACAUUGUUGAAAGAUAGAAGUCCUUGUACUGUAAGCCAUUGCUGUCUUAAUAUGUGUCAAUAAGUCUUAGCCAGUGUUUUAAGCUUUUUGUAUUCUGCAUACAAAAUCGAUUGAGCGUAUUCAAAAAAACUGCAGUGAAUAACAGUAACAAAUGGACUGAACUUGUGAAAAUGCCUGACCUAUAAAUAAGAUAUGACUGAUGCUGGUGAGGCAGGGUUGUAUUUAACUGUUGGACUCCUCAUUGCACUUGACAGUACUUGGUUAGGGUCUGUGAUCUUACAUUGUGCUGUUUUCAUUUGUUUCAUUUUAUAGUUGCACUGUUACUAAAAUAAACACUUACCGUUGACUCAUAAA